GAAGAUUUUCAGGCAUUUCUUGAUCCAGCUGUGGGGAACUGAAUCAAAUGCUUUCUUAUAGUCUAUCCAAGCCAUGAACAGCUUGGUUCGUCUUUUCUUUGAAUUUUUUAGGAUUAGCUUGUCAAUCAGCAGUUGUUCCUUUGUUCCUCUUGAAUUUUAUUAUUAUAAUUAUAAUUAUAAUAAAAAGUAGAACCUGAGUAACGUAGCUCAAAGUUAUAUAAAUAAAAUAUUUUUUAAAAUAAUGUACCAGAGAGUAUUUCUCUAUUUUUGAUCAUGAAUAAGUUUCUGAAGGAAAAAUGCUAAAUAUCUCAGCCUUGGUAUAUUUAAAAAUAGUAGCAAAUUUUGCAUAUUAAUGCACAGGAGUGUUUUGUUUAGUUCAUGUUAAUAAAUAGUUAAACAUAUAUCUUUAACUGAUAACAUGUUUAUUAUUAGUGUCAUAUAGAAGAGAUGAAAUGUGGUCUGAGCGGUAUGAAUAUGAAAGAUUACCACGAGAAAGACUUCCUCCACGUCCUGAUGAUGACUAUCAUCGAGUAGUCAGUUUUGCAUCCAAGAAACCACCACUUACUGAAAGACCUGGUGAAGGAGGCUAUAGUAGAUAUGAAUAUGGCCAUGCUCAUGUAGGCUACAGAGACUAUGAUGAAGGUAGAGGUUUUGCUCCCGAACGAAGAAGUGGACUACCACAUAGAAUUGAUGAUCCAGGAUAUAGAUGGUCAAGAGAAGACCAUUCGGAUAGUCGGCCACCUGAUUAUAGAGAUGGCAUACGACGGAAACCUAUAUAUCCACAGUAUGCAAGAGAUCGCUCCCCACAUAAAAGGGAUUCCCCUUACUUCAGAGAAUCACCGAUUGGCCGGAGAGAAUCGCCUCACAGCAGAUCUGGCUCCAGUGUCAGCAGCAGAAGUUAUUCGCCUGAUAGAAGCAAAGCCUACACCUUCCAUCAGUCCCAGCAUAGCAGAAGUAUGUCAUCUUUACAUAAAAGAAAUAUUUCUCUUCAAGAGAGAUCUUCAACUCAGAGUUUGAAGACUUCAAGAGAUGUGUCUCCUUCAGGAGCUACAGCACUACCACCUGCAAAAACUCUGGACAAAAGCAACAGAUUAUCGGAAAAGGAGCUUGCAGAGGCUGCAAGCCGAUGGGCAGCUGAAAAGGCAGAGAAAGUAGAGGCAAGCAGUGUACCUGAAAUUUCAGAGUAUGACGCCACAUCCUCAGAUCCAUUAUAUAUAGACCACCAUGAAGAAACAGGUGCUAGUAUAACAGACAGCAAUCAAUUAUUUGAAGACAAUCAUCAUCUUAGUCGCUCAAAGGCAAUUGCUCAAAAGACAAAGGAAAUUGAACAAGUAUACCGACAGGAUUGUGAAACUUUUGGUGCUGUGGUGAAGAUGCUGAUUGAAAAAGACCCUACAUUAGAAAAACCUGUUCAGUUUUCUUUGAGACAAAAUUUGCAUGAGAUUGGUGAGCGAUGUGUUGAAGAACUUAAACACUUUAUUGCAGAAUAUGAUUCUACGAGUCAAGAAUUUGAAGAAACGUAAGAAAAAUUAUGGGUUACUCAUAUAUAAAGGCUACCUGAUUCAUGUAUGCUAAUCUAAAUGUGUUCAUCUUGCAUUUGAUCUCUUCAUAAAUUUGAAUUAAUUACAAAACAACAAUAUCAUUUAUUUAGUUGAUUCUGUUUGGAAAAUACAUUGAAUAUAUAAAUUUCAGUCCAUGUCAGCCAUAUUUUGAAGAUCCUUAACAGAAAGUUGCUCCAAUUAUUGAAGCAGGUUGCUGAGUAUGACAGACCAUUUUGUAAUUUUAUUGAUAUUGAUGAAUGUAUAUAAAAUAAACAUACAUCUGUAUUUAUAUAAAUUUUACAUAUGUGUUGCCUUUGAGUAGUUACAUGAAUUUGAUUGGAAACCAUUGUUAGGACAGUUCCAUUAAGCUUAGUGGUUUUGUAAGUUGAAAUAGCCUGUAUAAUUAAACUUCUUCAGAGUUAGUAUCAAAAUUUGCAUUUUUUAAAGCUUUGUACAGUUGUAUAAACAAUAUUUGUCUUUAAUGGAAAAUAUAUAUUCUUAUUCUCUUCUGCAGUUUCUGUAAUUUCCACCACAUUAUGUGAUAUUUUUAGAAACGGGUCUAGUGAAGGCAGCAACAAGUGUUUUCAAGUGUGAUUCAUCAUUUCACAAAUGGUAGAGUAAUUCAGACAAGAUACUUCCCAUAAUUAUGGGGUAGAAGAGUAAGUAAGCUCAUAAUUGCAAUUCAGUAGCUAAGCUUUAUCCAACAUCAUUUUGUUAUAUUCAUCUGUUACAAUUAGAGAGUAGGCUACUUGAAAGGAUUCUUCCCACAAUUGCAAAAAGGUUGGUUCCAUUCACAUAUCAUACACUAUAAAAAUGAUUAACUGCCUCAUGAGCAGCAGGAUUAUUUAUUAUAGUUGUCACUGUUCAAGUAUACUUUCCACAUGUAAUAUACAGAACAACUUUGGUCCUGUAAAUUCACGUGUUGUUUACUCAGUAAUCUUACCCGGUGUAAGAUUAUUUAAUCCUAAAGUAACAAACAGUAACAGUUUCCUCUGUUUAAACAGAUGGAUGAUUUGGAAGCAAUACUUCUUGUAUUCAUAGGAAUGGAGAGAAACAUGAUGGUAUAUGUUUGUUGUUUAAACCCAUAAAAUGAAUAAACAUACAAGUAUGCUUCUGAACA